GCAGAGAACACCCUGCUCCGGGGCGGUCGGAAUGCCCGAGACUGCCCGGCCGCGGAAGCGGCCCUGAACAGGAAUCGCUUGGCCAUCAAGCUGCUGUUUGCAGUACUGGGUGUGGCAAUUCUGAUGGUGUGCCUGCUGCGAGCGGACACUUUAGCAGGGCAGCCGGGCCAACGGCCCGCAGAGACAAAAGCGGGUGUCAACGCAGAUGCGGAGUCGGCAUUCUUCGAUAGCAGUGCCAGCUUCCUGAGUCGGGUGCAGAGCAUUGAGUCCGAGGACUUGGCGCGUUCCGCUACCAGGGCCGCAGCCCAGGUCGUCGACACGAGAGUCAAACACGAAGCUAAGAAGGAGCGAGUCUCAUCCAUCUUUGUCGUGGACGAUGGGCCCGAGGAUUCGUCGGACGACGCCACCGUCGCGGGCACCAAUGUUGCUAAAGCACGCGUGGCUACACGGACGAACGGGUCCAGCAAUGCGGACACCAACGCCACCGCCUCGACGACCACGACUACAGCUCCUACGACGACCCAGGUGGUCGAGCCUACGUUUACAUGCACGACGCCUGUGAUGCUCGGGAACGUGACAGCUGUGGAUGCCAAGGGGCUGGCAAUCGAUGACACGACUUUCUCGCAGUGCCCUUCCUUAGCUUUGACGAAGUGGCCCAACACCGACAACCGCAUCUCAUCAGUGCGCCUGUUAAAAGCUUGGGACUCAAGCUGGGAUGCCAAGUACGAUCGCAAGGCAAUUUGGUUCGCGCUGCGCGAGUACAUCUG